AUGGCCAUAGACACGUACUUUCCCCAUCUCAAGACAUGCAUCACCACCUCCCGCCUCUGCACCACGCCCACACCAUGCGCACUCGCACUCGCUGCCAAAAGGGUUGGACACGCAAGCUGUCAGUUUGAUGGCGCUCCCCCCUUACGACCCGCUACCAUCCCUCCGCCGUCCCACAUUUCUCCUCCUUCCGCAGCACACGCGGGGGAACAAGGAGGUCAACAAGCAGCGCAACAAGUACAGCAGCCCGUAGGCGACAAACAUGUCCUACUGGCAAACGAGAAACGACGAAGGAGGAGGGGGAGGCAUAAUGCCGCUGGAAGACGACGGAGGGAUAAUAUCGAUGAGAAGAUUGGUGAACUUGCUACGUUGAUUUGGGAGACGCACACGAGCAAGAAUGUCGACGUGUUCUCUACACACUACUUGAUCCCCUGUCAAUACCCAAUGAACUUCAAACUUCUCCCACCCACAAUCACGGAAAAGCUUGCCUCGUACACUCCUUUGCCCGAUUAUGUCACAACAAUGGUCCAUUUUGGCGAAACUGGCUUCUGUGCAACUGAGUCUUCGAUGUUCGUUGCCGACGAUAAUGUCGAUGGCUUGAAAGCGUGCUCGCAGGCGAAAAGGGGUUGUGGUUGUUUGAAAUUCAUCAUGGUCAGGGACCCCUGCCAGCCUUUGCUCAAUUCUCGAUCUUUCACCCGUCUACGUCUUGAAGCAACUCUCCUUGGAAGGAUCAAUCCGUGCAAAACCACCUCAAACCGCAUGCAACUUCCCUCACCUCUCUCCGAUGCCGAACCCACCAACUCGGUCAUCCACGUUUCAUCGCCGUAUGGCAUAUCAGCGACGUCUUCCCGGCUACGUUGGGACAGGGGGUCAGGCUACAGUACUUAUCAGAGGAGCAAUUGGUAUGUUCUUUUGAGUGGAAUGGGUUCAUUUGCGAGUCUCGACAUUGCACUUGAUGUUGCGGCUAGUAGCGCGCAUAUAGGCAGGAUGAAAACGACAUCCUUAUCUCCUGAUAUCGUCCACCUCGUGUAUAUGUAUUGCCAAUACCGAGCACUAGGUCAUUCAACCUACACCCGUUCGUCCCUUCUGCUCUUCACCACCCUUCUUUUGCGCAGUCUUUGA